CUGAAUCAGUUGCACGUUCACUGCACUGCGAAUUUAAUUACUUAGAAUAAACAUCGGCUAAGCUCUCUGCCAAACUUUCGUCGGCUUUUUCCCUUACACUUACGCUGGAGGGUCCAGAGCACCUGCUCGAAAAUUCCUUGGAUAGGCAGCCUUUUCAUCGCUGCAACAAAGAUGCAUUUCGUGCUUACUGCAGUUAUUUCAUGGAUGUUGUGGAUUGUAGGAACAUUACCGUCUCCGAUAGAUGACAAGCAUCUACUGCGAAACGAUAUCGCCUGGGAGGACGAGGACGACGGCACCGGAUAUGAUCGCUUCGUUCCGGCAACGGGCUAUCUGUCACCCAGCGGCUACUGGCCCAACGACGGACAACAGAUUCCUUAUGAACUGACAGGAUUCAACGACGAGCAAAGAACGACUAUUGAAGGUGCAGUGCAAACUUUAGAAUGGAGGUCUAACGGCUGCGUAACAUUCAGGAAACGCACUGCUACCCAGAAUGAGUACAUUCUGAUACAACACCACACGGGACUUGUGCCGAUAUGCAAAGCGGAUAUUGGUCGUAUUACUGGUCGUCCAACCAGAGUCAAACUGCAUUCCCGCUGCUUGUCACCCGGCAUUAUCCAGCACGAGAUCAUGCACGCGCUAGGAUUCCUCCACGAACACAGUCGCCCGGAUCGCGACGAGCACAUCAGCAUAAUUCCCGGUAAUAUGGUAUCGGGAGUUCAUGAAAUCAACUAUCAAAAACUGCCUGAAAUGGACACCUUUGGCUUACCAUAUGACGUGGAGUCGCUGAUGCAUUACGGCCCCAAAUCUUUAUCCAAGAGCCCCGACAAACCGGCCAUCGUCUCCAAAGUCAUCCCGGCGCCCCGAUGGAUGGGCCAACAAAUAAGCCUCACUCCACUGGAUGUGGCCAAGCUGCAAGCUGCUUACAAUUGUUCCAGAACGGAACGUGCAGUUGUGCCAGGUCAUUUAACGACGCCAGUUCGCCAAGACAUUAGUGGCGGUACCACUGACACUAGCUCUAUCAAAAAUGCAGAGAGCAAAGGCGUUUCCGUUAACGAAUCGUUGGCUGAUCCGCCGUUUGUCUAUCCGCUCCCGAACAUGCCUGACGAGCCAUUCACAAAGGAACAGUGUCAACGGCAGUACUCAGCCCACUGUUACAAUUCCUCAUGGGACCCGUCGAACCUCCUUUGUGGCAGCAAACGCUACUAUCACAUCCACUGUUACGACGUGGUCAGCCAGGCUGAACUGCUGAACCUAUUCCGGCGCAUGUCCCGACCGCCGGCGCGUCUGGCCGUACUUUCUCUGCAGGACUCGCGACACGUGAACGAUCAAACGCUGCAGCCGAUACGCAUGCAAGUGAUCAAGCUCUAUCUCCGCAACUGCCACACUACGCGAAUGACGGGUAAAGUCCGCGGAAUGGCGCUAACCAACAUGAUCAGCUUUGCUACAGCCUUUUGCGCAGACGGUCUUGUUAUCCACAAGCUGGACUUCAGCACCUCGCUCAAACUGCGCGAAAUCAUAUUCCGGCAGUGUGUCAUACAGUCGGUGGAGGUCGGUAGUUUCUCUGAUUUGGUGGAUCUGCGAGUUUUAACGCCGGAGCACUUGGCCAAUGCGGAUGAGAUCAAGAAGCAGCGCUGCGAUCCGCGUUUUGCUUCGUACCGACAGUGGCUAUCCAGAAAUUCCUAUCUCACCAAGGAUCGAGGCAAGGGGAGUGUCUACAAGAUGAACCCUGGCGCGGACCGUGGAAUGUGGAGUCCGCAAGUGUGGAAAAUUCAUUUGCUUAAACCGAAUGUCAUUUGUAACUGACCCUGAAUCUGCAUUAUAGAAUGGUAUAAUGGUUCGGUUGUUAAUUGAUAACACAUAAUUGUUGUGAACAUUUAUUGACAACCACACCGGUCGCUGCUUUUAACCAUAAACGCAAUUAGUCCAAUUACGUUCACAGCUAAAGAAAAAACACGCUCCGAGUCGAGUGAAAAAUUACCCAAGUUUGCUGACACCAGAAAUGGUCUGUGUUCGGUUGUGCUCAUUGUGCAGAGAAAGCAGU